AUGUCGCCUGCGGACCAAGGUAUCGUGGACCACUGGGUAUCAUCCACCAAAUCGACCACCGUGCGAAGGGCUUCGCUCAACUCAACCUCACGACCUUCUGUUUCCAUGUCUGGACAAGCACCGAGGUACGACCAGAGUUCCAGGCAGAACCAGGAUCUAGCAACGGUGGCCCAGGAAACGAGGAUUGUAUUACCCAAAAUUUUACAGAGGCUUCCCAACAUACAAGCAGCAAAGUCCGAGGCCCUGUAUCUUAGCACCCUGUCACCACUCAAGGCUGCAGAGUGCCCGCGUCGCACUCCGAGUCGGAAAGUCGCCAUUAAAAUAGUAAACGACGACUCAUUCAAUGCAGCCAUCAAACUUACCGCCUCGAAAGGUGUUGCAUCAGCUGGACGGGUUGUCGUGCUCAACAUGGCAAGCCAUGCGAAUCCCGGCGGGGGAUGGCUGAAAGGAGCCAGAGCCCAAGAAGAAGCGCUUUGCUACCGCAGCUCCCUAUCGUUAUCGCUUCAUCGCCGCUACUAUCCGUUUAAGCAGCUCAUGGGCAUAUAUACACCCGAUGUUGUUGUUAUUCGUUCCGACAUGCCCUCUGGCCAUAAACUCUUGACCCCCGACAUUCCGGUGCAAGACCUUCCAGUAGUGAGCGUGCUGAGUAUUGCGGCUCUGCGAUGCCCCGAAACAAAACGCUUCCGGGGCAACACACCAUCAGGCAACGUCUUUGAAAGACUAGCAUACGCAAACCCCGCAGACCGGGAACUGACCAAGGCUAAGAUGAGGCUUUGUCUCAGAAUGGCGGCACGCAGAGGUCACGGCUUGCUUGUUCUAGGCGCCCUCGGCUGCGGCGCGUUCAAGAACCCAAAGGAGGAGGUUGCGCAAUGCUGGCUUGAGGUUUUACGCGAGACUGAGUUUCAGGGAGGCUGGUGGGAGGAGUUAUGGUUUGCCAUUUUUGAUAGUCGGCAGGAAGGGAAUUUCGAGGUGUUUGAAGAUGUUUUGGGAGGAGUGGAAGUGUAG